UUGAGCUAAUGAGAAUGCUUAAGUUAAAUUGAAUUUCGUGAAUGAGAAUGCAUCUUCCUAUGUUAGUUUUGAUUUAGCUAAUUAGCUUUGUGUUUGUCUACGAAUUCGAUCAUAGAUAUACAGAAGUAGAGCAGUAGACAUGACAAAAAACCUAGAUCUGGAGAAUAAGAGUAGUAGACAUUACAACAUCUGGAGAAGUAGAGAAGUAGACAUUACAAAAAAAGAUCUGAAGGAGUAAAGAAGUAGAUGCCACAACAAACAGAUCAGUAGUAGAGCAGUGGACAUCACAACAGACAUCUGAAGAAGUACAGUUGUAGACGUCACAACAAACCUAGAUCUGCAGCCAUGGGUAAACCAGAUCUCCUCUCCUCCACAAGGCUGGUGUAGUUGUGUAACUGUUUCAUAGCUGACUUGCUGCAGCCAAACAGACGGACACUGAAAGGUCUGUCACUGAUUCUUCUCUUCCCAUGUUAACACAGAAUAAGAAGGGAAGUUGGAUGUCAGGAUCUCCCUGGCUGGAUUUUAAACAUGGAUAUCAAUUUGACAUUUCUGUUGGUAUUCUGUUUCUGGGCAUCCGUGGCCUACUGGUUAAGGAGUUGGACCAGUCACCGGAGGACGGCCGGUCCAAAUCCUGACUGGUACAAAAAUGUGGACGGGGGGAGUAGCAGUCUCUCUCCUACUUCGUGCCUUUCGUGCCUUCUCCGAGGCACCUGAAACCUCCCUGGUGCUGCACUGUGGCUGCCCACUGCUCCAGUUGUGCAUGUUUUCCGUUUCAUUUCCUUGAGUUUCGUUCGCCUCACUUUACCGCUGAAAUGCCUGUUAUUGUGGAACUCUGAAUACAUUUGUAGAAAAUAAUAUAUAUCUUAAGGAUAAAAUUUAAGGAAAAAUUCCUUCAGCUAUAUAUAUAUCAUAUUUAUAUAAAUGUUAUAUAUCGAUGUAAGACCCAUGUUAGUGUGACAUUAUCACACUCCUUGUGUCUCACCAAGUAUCAAGGGCUCCUAGUACCCAUACUAGGCCCCUCCUAUUCUAGGCCCCUCCAAGUAUGAGCCUAGUUUAUAAACUAGGCCCCUCCUAGUAUGAGCUUGAUAUAUAAACUAGGCUCCUCCUAGUAUGAGCUUGAUAUAUAAACUAGGAUCCUCCUAAUGUCCGUAUACUAUCUCUGGAUUCCAACUUGACUCUUCAGACCCACGAUAAGGGGCUCCGAGGGAAAUCGCCUGGGACGACCAGGGAUCUAGACACAUAACAAAGUCUCCUAAUUACACCCUUAAAAACAUGUCUAAAACUCUUUGUGAUGCUAAAUCCUUGAUUGGUGAGUAGUUUUACACACACAAGGACUUAUAUUAGUACUAAUAGGCCUACUGCAACUAUUGUUUGAAAUGGGAUGGCUUGUUUCUGUUCCAGGGGGUGCAUGUAAAGAAAAGUCCUGUACUAAAGUCCUGCGCUGGGUGUGUUGUGUAUUCCCAGACUGUAGCUCCUGCUCCCAGAUAGACAUGGGCUCUGUGACAUGGAUCCUCUCCUGUGAUAUCGCCCUGACUCUUCUCGUCUGUUUCUCCCUGCUCUGUUUGGUCCUCUACCAGAGGAAAAGAGGCAACCGUGAUUCCAAUAAUGGUAGACCGAAGCAAGCACCGUCAUUGGCAAAGAGAAAGAUGGCAGAGAUCCCUGAGUCUCCUUACCAGGAAUUGCAUGGAGUACAAGGCGAUGUGUACAGCAAUCUGGAAGAAUUAAGAAAAUAAAACAAAUUCCAGCAUAAUCUCACUUCAAUGUAAGAUUCACACUUUAUACGGCUUUCUGAUUAGUCAUACAUUUUAUACAUUUUUUUUGUUUUUAUAUUCCUUCCUGGUAUUGUAUCAUUUAGCAUUGUUUUUAGUAAUUUCUUUUUAUUUCAUAAUUCAUGAGGCUAAUGAAUUUUUUCUACCCGAGAAAAAUACAUUUUAAACCUUUUUUUCUUUCUUUGUCCUUUUAAGACAUAUCUGCAGUAGAACAUGAACAGAUGGAUUUCAGAUUUUGAACCAUCAAAACCUAUAAAACCCGACCAGUGAAUCACAUUAUUACUAAUACAAAUGUCCUGUUACAAUAACUUCUGCAAAAAUACCUUUCUACGUUUUUGUAUUCAUGCUAUACACUCAGAAAAUAAAAUAGUUUUUUUAGUAAGCAA